UCCAAAGGAAGUAUCAUCAGCCACAACAGCUUCAGAACGUCGAGACCUAGACAGCAUCUACACUGGGGAGGAAGAGCGUAUAACUACCUGCGAGGAUGCUGUAGAUGACACCACAUCAUUUCUGAGUGCGGAUAGGAAACCUAUACCAGAGGAAGCAUCUUCACCAGUAUUUGGUGCUGGGAUUACAGAGAAGAGCUUUUCGUCAGAUUUAACAAGGAUAGAUAUCAGGCCGGCGAACCAAGAAUACACUUGUCUUUUAAGGGGAACAGAUUCUCAAGAGUGCUUAAGCUGUGAACUCAAAACGAAGGAUAACCCAAGUGAACGUGCAGAGUGCUCAGUUUGGCUCUUGAAUCAGGAACCUCUUGAAAUCAUGAGUGAAGUGUUUCAAUCUCCGUCACUGGGGAACUUUCCCAAAACGUCUUUAAGUCCAAGAGUGAGUUUCAUCUACCCACCGACUGAAUCUGACUCCCAGAACAGGGCUACAGCACGUAGUCCAGAUCUGAGCCCUACGUCCAGUGGAGUCCCUCCAGCCUGUGCACCAACGUCUACUUUUCCAUGCACACAUCGGUCUUCACACGGUAGCUGGGUGCACAGUGCCAAGCACAAGGAGGAGGCUACUGCUCUAGAAAGAGCACAGAAGGCGCUGAGCACAAAUGCAGAGAGGACCACUUUCGCUUCAGUCGUCAUCAAGAGAUCCUCAAAGCUCUACGGAGAUGUCUGUAAACCAGCAUGUGGGUCUUCGGAAGUGACAUCUGAUAUUCAAAGAAACCCUUAUGGAACCCUUUCUCUGGGUAUGGAAGGUACAGGAAAACCAAACCAAACUGCAUUGACCACAGAAUCUCUGCACAUGAAAACUAUGCCUCAGUCUGCAGCACCUGAAAAGGCCGAAACGUUUGUUUGGGUCAACGGCUCCUCCUCGCAUGCCCAGAGUGUCGCCAAGGCCAAGUACGAGUUUCUUUUUGGAAAGACCCACGACCCACCAGUUUCGCCAGGCACUGCUUCUACAUGUGACUUGAACCCCCACCUGGUGGAAAACAUCGGCAGAACCCCCGAGUCCUCUGUCCAGGAGGAUGAACUCGAUGAGACGUCACUCUUUCAGGAGAUCGACAGGGAACUCGCCGAGCUGUUGAGCGGCCUCACGGCCCGAGCCCGGGAUGUUGCGGCGGCCGAGCAUCACACCGCUUCAGACAUGAUCCCCUGCAACGGGACGCCUCCUUCUCCUCCGGGCAAAACCGAUCAAGCCCCAGAGCUACAGAACGGCGCCUCAGACCCGGCGCAGUCAGAAAAGCUGAAUGACGUGACUUUUAACUCGUGGUGUGAGGCGCUGAUUCAGGACCCAGGCUCAGCGCAGGAGCUGAACUGUGCGAGCCCCGCUCUCGGCCUAGACACCAGGAAUGCGGCCACGGGCCAACAUAAACCUGCACCGGUGCCCGUUAUGGAAAAGCAGGAGGGAGGUGAGAGCAGAGACUCGUCACCAAGGCCGCUCGAUGCCGCUGUGGACGAAUCGAGCAAAAUCCUGGCGGAGAUCCCCGGCAUCUUCAGUGCCUUCCUAGACGGGGGCAAAGCGCGAGAGAAACCUCAGAAGAAGCUGCGCUUUGUGGAGCAACAGGCUGACGGAGAGGUUUUUCUGAAUGGACAGGCUGAAGAGCAGGAACAGACGACUCAGGAGAUGGAGAAACCUCCUCAGGACAACACACUCAACGCCGCCGUGCCAGCGGUGUGUGUUUCUGAAGUGACUGAAACCAGCUCUGCCAGGAGUGUAAAGAGCAAAGCCAGUGAGAGUGAGGAGGCCACCGACAUGUUCAGCAGUCAGUUUGAGAGCAUCCUGGAGUCGGAGCGCCUGUGCGUUACACUCUACAGCAGCCUGGACUCGCUGGACGCUCUCUCCUCCUCGGCCGACGAGACAGACACGCAGGCAGAGCCAGCGCACACACACCGGGUCGUAGAGAUGCCCCUCACGCCCAUGAUCCAGCAGCGGCUGAAAGAAAGCGGCCUGUUUAUGGACAGCAGUAGCAGGCAGGAGGAGGUGCUGAGCGUCAGUGCGACCAGGAAGAGUGGGAAAACCGCCCUGGAGGUGACCUCCUGCUUUCUGAACACAUCCUCAGAGCAAGAGGACAGGACUGAUGGACAUGCAGAUGGAGCUUUGGCCAAUGGCAUGAUGGGGAAGGACACAAGCGACUGGCUGCAGUGCUGGACGAGCAGCGAUGAGGGGUUAAAAGACGUGCUGUCAGACUGGGACUUGGACAUGGGCAGCACCGAGCGACAGAAGGACAGCACGGACACGCUGAACAACGGGCACCGGGGCGACCAGGAGGCGGCACGACGCCUGGCGCGCCGCCUUUACCACCUGGAGGGCUUCCGGCGCUCUGACGUAGCCAAGCACCUGGGCAAGAACAAUGACUUCAACAAGAUGGUUGCUGAAGAGUACCUCACUUUCUUUGAAUUCACAGGAAUGACAUUGGACCAGUCGCUCAGAUCCUUUCUCAAAGCUUUUGCACUAAUGGGUGAAACCCAGGAACGAGAGCGGGUUUUAAUCCACUUUUCUAAUAGGUACUACCAAUGUAACCCCACCAUCAUCGCCUCACAAGAUGGAGUGCAUUGCCUUACAUGUGCUUUAAUGCUGCUGAACACUGACCUUCAUGGACAGAAUAUUGGGAAGAAGAUGACAUGUCAGGAAUUCAUCAACAACCUGGACGGCAUAGACGCAGGACAAGAUUUCCCCCGAGAUCUCCUCAAGGCAUUGUACAACUCAAUCAAAAACGAGAAGCUGGAAUGGGCAAUCGACGGGGACGAGUUGAAGAAAUCGCUGUCUGAGCUUACAGACUCCAAGAACGACAACAGCAAGAGCAUCAGCAGGAUCAGCAGCGGCAGCAACCCGUUUCUGGACAUCGCCCAUGACCCCAACGCUGCCGUUUACAAAGCAGGCUUUCUGGCCCGGAAAAUCCAUGCCGACAUGGAUGGCAAGAAAACCCCUAGAGGAAAGAGAGGCUGGAAGACCUUUUAUGCGGUUCUCAAAGGCAUGGUCCUGUAUUUACAGAAGGAUGAGUACAAACCUGAGAAGGCCCUGUCUGAGGAGGACCUGAAGAACGCCAUCAGCGUGCAUCAUGCCCUGGCCAUAAAGGCUGUAGACUAUGAGAAAAAGCCCAACGUACUCAAACUGAAGACAGCCGACUGGAGAGUCUUCCUCUUUCAAGCCCAGAGCCCUGAGGAAAUGGAGUCCUGGAUCAGAGUCAUUAACUCGGCGGCUGCCAUGUUUUCCGCUCCCUCUUUCCCCGCUGCCAUCGGAUCGCAGAAAAAAUUCAGCCGCCCGCUGCUGCCAGCCACCGCCACCAGGAUGUCACAGGAGGAGCAGCUGAAGUCGCAUGAGGCCAAGCUGAAGCACAUCUCCACAGAAUUAGCUGAACACAGGUCCUACCCUCCAGACAAGAAGGUCAAAGCCAAGGAGGUUGACGAGUACCGCCUUAAAGAGCACUACCUGGAAUUUGAGGAAAACCGUUACGAGACGUACGUGAAGCUGUUGAAGGACGGAGUGAAGGAGCUCCUAAGUGCUAAAGAGAACGAUGCAGCUCUGAAGAAAUCCCAGUCCAGCCCACACCUCAACCAGGAGUCCCAGCCAGCUGCUGCCAAAAUCAAGCGCAACACAUCCGAGAGGAAGGACUACCGUCCCGAGACACCCAAGGUCACAUAGAGCAGCGUGUCCUCACCCCCCCCUCUCUUGAAAAACGAGAGCCAUUCUUCACGACAUGUGAAAUUCUAUUUUGAUGUAAUUUAUUAUCUGCCACUGUUGUAAACGGAAAACUGUUGUGUAAACUGUAAUUGAAUUGAUACUCGUCCUCUUUAGAUCGACUGGUGCUCGUGUAGCUGUUUGUAGGAGACAUUACUUAACAUCCGUGUGGUCCUUUAAUUUCCUUUCAGUGUCGUCGACAUCGUCGCAGCUGUCAUUGUCGUGAUGAGCGUGUGAUUUCCUCGCGAGAUGUUCAGCUCGAUUCGUUUUCCCGCCGUGUCGCGUCUCGAAACUUGAUUUGCCUUUCACUCAAGAGAGGAGUAGUGCUUUCCCGCCUAGAGUUCCGUGCCGAUUUCCACAGCAGUUUCUUUGUGCAUACAGUAGGCAGUAGCCGUGUCCUUUCUCAGAAGGUCAUUUUAGUCCGGAAAUGAAUCGAACGUUGAAACCGCAGCUUACACGCGAGUAAGGCUUCCAGAGAGAACUGACAGGAGACUUGAAUGCGUUUCUCCGAAUCGCGAGAAAACGUUCUUUAAGGACCGCCGAGAUUUUUAUUUUUUCAUUACAGUGAUGCAUCAGGAUGUAAAUACAGGAACGCAGUGCAUCAGGUCAUGAUCAACAAUCUCAAUUGUACCAGCAUGUUACAGCAGUGUAGAGAAAAAAAGCCAGUUUUGUUCUUUUGUAACGAUAAACCCGAGGUACUUAACAGCGUUCAUUUAAAGCUUAGUUGCGUUGUAUUUUACAAAACACGGCUUUUCAGACCUGCGGAAUGAUGUGCAUCAUUGGUGCGGGCGAGCCAAUUAUUUUUUUAAACUCUUAAAAUAAAAAGUAUUCUGCUUUUUUUUUUUUUUUUUUUCUUUCUUUCUUUCUUUUGCGUAGUGUAAAUGCCAAUGCUCCUUUAGUGUAUUUUAUAAUCUUAUAUAUUUGGAUUUAUAAUUCUCAGUUCAGGAACAUCAUUGUUGUAAAGACAAAAUUAGUAUUUAUAGUGCACUUUAUGACUUAGUUCUUCUGUUUAAGUAUUUAGAGCUUUAUUAAAAAAAAUAAUAAUAAUAAUAAAUAGUGACGCAUUUCUUGGCUACAUCGCAGGUUUUUUCAGGCCGUGUACAUCGUGUUUAGCUUAUUGAAGGUACUGAGCUGAAUGUACGUUUUAUUUUAUUUUUUUCUUCUUCCUGUCAGCUCAAGUUGUAGUGUGUUCGUCUGUCAGUGGUUUUGUAGUUUAGCCCUUAGACGUAGGUCGUCGCGUGAAGACAAAGUUUCCUAUUUAGGAGGCUAUUUACGAUGCUGUAUAACGAGGAACGAUCGCCUUCGGUGACGUCGUAUUCAUUAGGCAAAGGAUGGAACACUAUGAAGGUUUUUACACUUCCAUUGCUUAUUGCACAAAUUUCUUUCCGUCGCAGAUCCACACACACCGUUUUCAGUAGUUGAAGGUUUGAAUUGAAUUCGAAUUGAAGUAUAGUCAGGCUGUUUGAAGAUAUUUUGAGUUAGUUCAUGCAAGUCCCUCCAGUCAUAAACGAUGUUUACUUGAACUAGACGUAUUAAAAUAUGUAGGACACUUUAUUUUUAUUGUAUGUAGGGUUUUUUUUUUUUUUUGAUUGUCUAUUUAGUACACCUACGGAAUAAUAAAUGUGAGCGGAUAGGAUCGUAAUAGUUGAUCGCAAGCUAACUCAGAACAAUAAUUCAGAUCGGUUUUUGUGUUGCUUUUGCUCUACAACAGCUACACACUAAGCUUCGUUAUUAGCGCUUCUUUUUUCGCUCAAUACCACUAUUUUUAUUAAACAACAGUAAUAAUUUUAAUAUUUAAGCACUUAAUAUGUACUUUCAGCUUUCACAUUCGCUUGUUAACAUCCAGCAUUUAAAAGGUUCUUUUUCUUUUUUUUCUCCCAGCGUCUGGGAGUUGACCUGAAGAGAUCGACAUCCUUAAUAUUGUUCAUGUAUGACUACAUAAAUACUGACCAAAUAGUUUCCCUUGUAGAAGAAAUUUUUAUUUCAGCAGCACAGUUUCAUUCCUUCGACGUGAGGAAUCGUAUAGAUUUUAGUCAUUCAUUUUGAUAAAAAGAUGACAGGACGAUACAAACUAACUGAAAGGUAAGGUUAAAAAAUAAAACACGGGUAUACGUUUCUUUAAAAAAAAACUUUUUUUGGCACGUCAGUUGCAGGUUCACUCUUUUGUUUUUUUCUUUUUGUUUUUUAUAAUAGGAGUUGUAUUUAAAUUCUACCAACAUCAACUUCAAGUAAUAAUCCAUAACGUCACUUUUUUUUUUUUUCAAACUGGAAUUUUCAAAACUGGAUGGUGUACAGUACAUUAGGAGAGGUCUGAUGUUUUUUUGCAUAGACUUUAUUGCCUUAUAAAAAUUCUCAAAUAGCUCCCAAGAUUUGUUUGUUUGUUUGCUCUAGCAAACCUCGUGCUAAAGUUAGUCCAGACCACUUAGUCCAUGUCCAGAUCAGAAGAGAGCUCCAAGGGGGAUUUAAGACCAAAGCCGACGAUGCCCUACCUUUAAAAAAAAAACAAAAGAAGCAUUAAUUGGCAGGAUUUAAAUUUAAAAUGACCUGGAAACGAUGGAGCUCAGGAAAGGGUUUGAAAUUUGGGUUACUGGUUGCCCCGGCGAUAAGGCCGGGUAUAAAAUUUGACCAUCUAGACUAAGAUGUUGAUUAAUAAACUCUAUAAUAUCUUGUCAUCUGUGUUCGGACCAGUGUAUCAGAGAGCAGCUGACUCUGUACAUACUCAUGCCUCAGUAGACAGUGAUGCACCUUAGCCUUCUGAUGGACUGUUUGGUCUCCAAACACCACUUAGAAAUCUCUCUCUCAAAGCUGUGAUCUUGUACAAUCCUUUAACUCUGUAAAUGCUGUUCAAUAUAACUGUCGCCCUGUGUUCAGAGUAAUCCACUUUUCCGCUUGUUCAGGUGAUCUCUUGGUAUAAGAGCGUGUCUUACGCCCUACAGGAGAUCCGAGAUCCAAGAUCAGGGACACAGUGCUGGUGUCAUACAAACUGUAGACGGUUUCAGUGAAUAAAAUAUACAGUAUUUAAUUCAA